AUGUUGGGCGUGGCUGCUAUCUUCUUGUCCGUGCUCGGUCUGACCCGCGAGGUGUCAUGCGCCGUUGCAUCGGGGGAAAACCAGUACAUUGUCGAAUAUGCAAACGGCAUCGUCCCCCGCGACCUGCCUACUGACGGGCCCGUAAAGGUGGUCAAGACGCUCGACUCGCCCGGCAUCUUCACCGGCGCCGUCAUCGAGGCCACCAGUAAAGAGGAGGCAUCCACGUUUGCGUCCAACAACCGCGUCGCCAACAUGUGGCCCAACCAGCGCAUCGAGCUCGAUGAGCCCCUGGACCGACGCUCAUUCGCGGACGACGUCGCCGCCACGGAGUACUCGGUGCACGCCGCCACCGGGGUCGACCGGCUGCACGCCGAGGGCAUCCUGGGCCAGGGCGUCAAGGUCGCCGUCGUCGACAGUGGCGUCUGGUACAAGCAUCCCGCCCUCGGGGGUGGCUUCGGCCCGGGCUUCAAGGUCGCCGGCGGCUGGGACUUGGUGGGCGAUACGGGGCGCGAUGACCCUCCGCAGCCCGACGAUGACCCGCUCGACAGCCCGAGCAUCGGCCACGGCACUCACGUGGCGGGCAUCGUGGCGGGCUCCAGCGACAGGUUCGUCGGCGUUGCGCCCAACGCCACCAUCCUCGCCUACAAGGUCAUGGGGACCAUAGCCGGCAGCACCACGGCCACCAUCAUGGACGCGUGGCUGCGCGCCUACAGCGACGGCGCCGACGUCAUCACCAUGAGCAUCAGUGGCCUGACGGGAUGGUCCGAAAACCCGUUGGCCGUCUUGGCAGCCCGCCUCGUCGGGCAGGGCGUAGUCAUGACCGUGUCGGCGGGGAACAACGGUGCCGACGGCCCAUUCUUUGCAGGCGACGCCAACACCAGCCCGCACCUCUUGUCCAUCGCAUCCGUGGAGGCCAGCGUCGACGCCGCUUCGCCCUACCGUCUGACCGUGACGACCAGCGACGGCGUGUCCAACACCACCAGGUCGGGAUACCUCCCCGCCGCCGCCGAGUUCCCGGCCGAAGUCGACGGUUGGCCCAUCGUGGCGCUCAAUCUCAACACCAGCAACACCGACGACGCCUGCAGCCCGUACCCUGCGGGGACCGCCAACCUGACGGGCGCCGUCGCCCUCGUCCGCCGCACCGCCGGCUGCAGCUUCGUGCUGAAGCAGAGGAACCUGCAGGCCCUGGGCGCCAAGUACGUGCUCGUGUACAACGACAACCGGCCCAUCGUCACGCCCGGCUCCUCGGACCCCGGCAGCCUCCUCGGCAUGAUCACCGCCGAGGCCGGACACGCCAUCAUCGACGCCAUCGUCGCCGGCGCCAACGUGACUGCCGACUUUUCCCGGCACUCGGGAGACGGCCCGUUGGUCGGCAUCCCGGACCUGCAGGCCGGAGGCAAGCCCAGCGUGUUCAGCAGCUGGUCGUCGACCUACGACCUGCAGCUCAAGCCCGACGUCGCCGCGCCCGGCGGCAACAUCUUCAGCACCUGGCCCGAGGAUUCAUACAUGGUGCAGAGCGGCACCUCCAUGGCCACGCCCUACGUCGCCGGCAUCGCGGCCCUGUACAUCAGCGCGUUUGGCGGCCGCGGCAAGCACGGACCGGGCUUCGCCGCCGAGCUGACCAAGCGCAUCGCCAGCGCCGGCUCCACGCUCCCCUGGUACGACGGCACCACGACCAGCUCCGAGUUCGUGGCGCCCCCGCUGCAGAUGGGCAGCGGGCUGGUCAACGCGACCCGGGUGCUGCGCGGCGCCACGACCCUGGACGCGACCAAGCUCAACCUCAACGACACGGCCAACUUCCAGGGCGCGCACGACGUCACCGUCACCAACGGCGGCGCCGCGCCCGUGUCGUACAGCUUCGCGCUCGAGCCGGCGGCCGGCUUGGAGAUCGUGGAGUUCUUCAACGUCAUCGUCAACAGCUGGGGCAUCAGGCAGUUCUCCAAGCUGGAGCCCAAGCAGAUGGUGCCCGACGUGCAGCUUCCGGAGCCCUUCAGCCUCGGGCCCGGCGAGUCGAAAACGGUCACGGUGACGUUUGCCAACCCCGAGGGCAAGGGGUGGAACGACACGCUGCUCCCGGCCUACAGCGGCAAGGUGAUUGUGUCUGGGGACAAUGGGGACCAGCUGUCGCUGCCGUAUAUGGGUAUUGCGUCCAGCCUCUACAAGAACGCCAGGGUCUUUAGAAACACCUACCCCUUGUCUUUCUCUGGUGAAUCGACUUGGUAUAGCAUUGAUGAGAAGCCAUACUACAAUUUCAACCUCACCAAAGGAGGCCGUGACUUCCCCUGGAUCCACACCUCAUUUACCUGGGGCGUGAAGGAGUUCCGAUGGGACAUCUUCCACUCCAACUGGUCCGAGUCGGAAUGGACCUACCCCCCGACCCCGGGCGCCAACGGCUUCGUCGACGCCGUGAGCCACUACACGGGCCCGUCGCUGAGCGACGAGGGCGUGUUCGGCGCCCCGCCCUACAACCUGUCGGACCCCUUCUACAGCAGCCAGAUGGAACCGUUCCCGCAGAGGUUCAUCUCGCGCCACAGCACCUACAACCCGGGCGAGCAGAAGUAUUGGUGGAUGGGCAAGAUGGCCAACGGCAGCCAGAUUGCGCCUGGCAACUAUACUAUGCGCGUUGCUGCUUCCAAGCCGUUGGCUGACCUCACCAAGGUGGAUGGGUGGGAGGUCUGGAGGAGAGAGAUCCAGGUCCUGCCGUUGAUCUAG